UAAGAUGGAGACUGUCUUCGUGCUCACACUCCUGGCUGUCUCAGGGGUGAUUGUCGUUCAGGGGAGCAUUUACGAACUUCGAAACAUGGUCCAAGAAUCAACAGGCCAACCUGCAGUGCCCAAUUACUCCACCUACGGCUGCUACUGUAGCUCGGCCAGACGAGGGCUGCCCCUGGAUGAAACUGACCGAUGCUGCCAUAAUCACAAGUGCUGCCAUUCCCAGAUUCGCAAUUGCAAAUUGAACUCCACCUACUCCUACAGCUUCUGGGAUGGAAUCAUCAGGUGCAUUUCGGAGGACCCUUGUGAGCAGCAGCUGUGCCAGUGUGACAAGAUAGCCACCUACUGCAUGACGCACAGUCUGGCCUCCUACAACAAGCUGUAUCGUUACUAUCCCACGCAAGAGUGCGUCGGAGCGAAGAUGGAGUGCAAGGAGACCUUGGACCUAAGCGCCUCUCCUUAAGGAAAACACAUCACUCCAGUCCCCCCGCCUCCAAACCACCCAUUUGGUCUUCCUUCCUCCUCCUGUCUCUCAUGCCCUUCUCUCUCACUCCUCUUGUUCCCUGGCU